CCUUCUUUCAGACAGACUCUAUGACAACUUCCUCCACUCCGCUCACCCGCUUUUCUUUUAUUGUUGCCCUAAACUUGUAAUCGUUACAGUUGUGUCGCUUUACCUCCAAACCCGUGAGCAGCGUCCGUUUAGCGGUGACAGGGCUUGAGUAUAUCCAGACGAUGGCAUUUUCCAAACCAGUGUGGCAAUGUGUCACUUGUGAGAAAAUAACGCGAUGAUGGCAUCGCACUGCUGUACUUAAGGCGCUUUCUGUCUACUCCCCCGUAACGUACUGCAUGCAAUGGAGUCUGUGUCGACAUGGAGUUCGCCUGGGAAUUACAUUAGACUGCACCGCUUCUACUUGUCGCAAUGCUGCGGUGUAUCACCGAUGAGGAUUUGUUAACUGCGGGGACUGGAAGACGAACACACCGACGACAUGUCUGAUCGCAAUUACUGGACGGUGUGUCCGAGUUAUAAAAGUCAGUUCGUUUCAGGAGGUUUAGUCAAACGUCCCAAGAGUAACCGGAACAAGAGGAAGAGUUUGGCUCCCUCACCUACUCUAUCAAGACCGCUCUCACCCCUUCCUUUGCCAACUGGCAGCAGUCCACUGGACAGUCCCAGAAAUGUCUCCAGCAGUCCUUCGGUCAAUUUCCCGUUCAUACGGAGACCAGACACUCGAAGGUGGUCGGUGGCAUCUGUCUCCUCUGGAUAUGGAACCAAUCCGCCCAGCUCUGCUGUUUCAUCUUCCUCCUCCUCACAGGAGCUCCUGCACCAGCUGCCCUCCCAACCCACUCCAGAUGACCUCCAUCGUCUCUUCAAGCAUUUCAGGAGCUCAGAGAGCGUGGCAGAUGAGGAUGGACAGCCCUCGCCUUUCCGUCCUCGCUCGCGGAGCCUUAGCCCUGGGCGGACAUGUGGCUCUUUUGAUAACGAGAUUGUGAUGAUGAAUCACGUCUACAAAGAACGGUUUCCAAAGGCAACGGCUCAGAUGGAGGGGUGUUUGCUGGCAGUGAUUGCAGACUACUCCCCAGAUAGCGCUCCUCCCCUUGCUGAUGGAGUGCUGGGCUUCAUUCAACACCAGCUGGUCGAGCUUGUCCGAGACUGUCUGGAGAAGUCCAGAAAGGGGCUCAUCACAUCCUGCUACUUUGUGGAGCUUCAGGAAAAAUUAGAAAAUUUCCUACAUGAGGCAUAUGAGCGCUCUGAGAGUGAGGAAGUGACUGUAAUCGCCAAACUCGUGAAGAAGAUUCUCUUCAUUAUUUCCAGGCCAGCAAGACUAUUGGAAUGUCUGGAGUUUGACCCUGAGGAGUUUUAUCAACGUCUUGAAGUUGCAGAAGACCAUGCAAAAAUUGGCCAGGGCAUCAAGACUGACAUCCCCCGAUACAUCAUCAGUCAACUGGGUCUCACCCGAGACCCCCUGGAGGACAUGGUGCAGCUUGAGCACAACAGAUCAGGCAGCCCAAGCCGAGAACUGGAUGACACUGCAGAGAAUCGUCCUGGAACCACAACCCCUCGAAGAAAACCUCUGGAAAGAGACUUUGAGACUAUAAAGCUCAUCAGCAAUGGGGCUUAUGGGGCCGUGUACCUGGUAAGGCAUCGUGGGACAAGACAGCGCUUUGCCAUGAAGAAGAUCAACCGGCAGAACUUGAUCUUGAGGAACCAGAUUCAGCAGGUGUUUGUGGAACGAGACAUCCUUACGUUUGCAGAGAACCCUUUUGUGGUCAGCAUGUUCUGCUCCUUUGAGACACGACGGCACCUCUGCAUGGUCAUGGAGUAUGUGGAGGGUGGAGACUGUGCAAAUUUGCUGAAGAAUAUGGGUCCCUUGCCGGUGGACAUGGCCAGAAUGUACUUUGCAGAGACGGUUUUGGCACUAGAGUAUCUUCAUAAUUAUGGUAUAGUGCACAGGGAUCUCAAACCUGACAACUUGCUCAUUACAUCAAUGGGGCACAUUAAACUGACUGACUUCGGUCUGUCUAAAAUCGGUUUAAUGAACAUGACCACAAACCUGUAUGAAGAACACAUGGAGAAAGACACAAGAGAGUUCAUUGAUAAACAGGUCUGUGGCACUCCAGAGUACAUCGCACCAGAGGUGAUCCUGAGGCAGGGUUAUGGAAAACCUGUGGAUUGGUGGGCCAUGGGCAUUAUCUUGUAUGAGUUCCUGGUGGGCUGUGUUCCUUUCUUUGGAGACACACCAGAAGAGCUCUUUGGCCAGGUGGUCAGUGAUGAAAUUGAGUGGCCAGAGGAUGAUGAUGCAUUACCUCUUGAGUCUCAAGACCUCAUCACAAAACUGCUGAGACAAAGUCCCAAGGAGCGCUUGGGAGCUGGAGGAGCAGCAGAGGUCAAACAUCACAUCUUCUUUUAUGGUCUGGACUGGAGUGGACUAUUAAGGCAGAAAGCAGAGUUCAUUCCACAGCUUGAAACUGAAGACGACACAAGCUACUUUGACACACGUUCUGACCGUUACCAUCACUCUGAGGAGGAUGAUGAAACCAACGAUGAUGAAUCUUAUCAGGAGAUCAAGUUCUCUUCUUGCUCGCAUCGCUUCAGCAAGGUGUACAGUAGCUCCGAGCAGCUGGCUUCUCCCUCCAACUUGAGCCUGUCCUCCUCCGAGCGGAGCUGCAGUGAGGAAAAGGAGGACCGGUGGGACGGUCAUUCAGUGCUCUCUCCGGUAGAAAACCCCAGACAGCUUCCAAGUAGUGACAGGAAGCAGGAUUCCCAGAGGGGCAGCCCAAGUCCGAGGCCGAGAGCAUCAUCCAGUUCAUCUCAGCCUGAGAGGGGCACUAGUCCUCUAAUUUUGAACAGCACUCAGAGUCUUGAGGCCAUGCCACACUUUGCCUUUCCUGAGGAUGAGGAAGGUCUUGUCUCGAAUCUCCGGCGAAUUCGUCUGCGCAGCAACUCCACUGGAACAAGACCUACAAACCGCAGAGACCACAAGGGUCCGCGUCGCCUCGGGCUCCAGCAGGAGACCCCCGAGAAGCCACGCUCACCAUUUACAUGCAAAGUCCCCAAGUCUGCAUCCGUGUCCGGCCUUUCCCUCAUCGUCACAGCAGAUGACAUCCCUGGUGGGCUCCAGACAAGCCCCAUGUCUUCACACUCCCUCUCAUCCAACCCUUCAUCUCGGGACUCUUCCCCCAACCGAGAUCUCUCUCUCAGCGUAAGCAGUCUUCGUCCUCCUGUGGUCAUCCACAGCUCUGGGAGGAAGUAUGGCUUUGCGCUCCGUGCCAUUCGGGUCUACUUGGGUGACACUGAUGUCUACACGGUGCACCACAUGGUCUGGAGCGUUGAAGACGGCAGUCCUGCUCACGAGGCCGGGCUGAGGGCUGGUGACCUCAUCACUCAUGUGAAUGGAGAGUGCAUCCAGGGUCUGGUGCACACAGAUGUGGUUGAGCUUCUGCUAAAGAGUGGCAGUAAAGUGACUCUGCAGACGACACCUCUUGAGAAUACAUCCAUUAAAAUCGGGCCUGCGAGAAAGACCAGCUCAAAGGGGAAGAUGGCGCGACGCAGUAAAAAGAGCAAAAGGAAAGAGGGUCAAGACAGCAAACGGCGCAGCCUUUUGAAGAAGCUGCCUAAACACAGUCCAGGGAUUCAGAACAGUCGCAGUUUCUCGGCGGGUUUUCAACACUCACCUAACGACAGCCUGUCUGACUCUCCAACGCCGAGCCUGUCUCCUGGGCCCAACACUCCGUGCAGAAGCCCAGCUCCGGACCUGUCAUGUGAUUCAAACUCUCCACAGAGUUCUUCACCUUGCUCAAGCUCUCCAAAUUCACCCAUCCCUCAAAGUCGACCAAGUUCCCUUCACGUUUUGGGAUCCAAGAUCGGCCUCCGCUAUAGCAAAGCAGGCCGUUGCAAGUCCUCCAACAGUAUUCCCCCCUCUCCCCUCGCCUGCAAUCCCUCCUCACAGCCUCUGUCUCCACAGUGCUCUCCAUCCUCCCUCGCUGGAGUUCCUAAAAGCCUCCACACGUUUCAUAAUAAGAUGAUGUCCCCACCAACCAUCGUGAGACAGACGGUGUGUCCCCGCAGCGCAGAAUCACCCCGUUCGCCACUGCUCAACAGGGUUCAGUCAACAGAUAGGCCCUCUGGCACUCAACAUGGAGACAAAAAGGCCUUCUCCACUCGAAGACACACUGUGGAAGUUCCCCAGAGUGAAGCUGAGGGACUCGAGUCACAAGCUAGUGACAUCGCCUCAGGUUUUGUGUGUGUCGGUGACCAUGCAAGACAAGGGUUGUACAUGGCCGGCCAACGAGCGAGGGACUCCGGCGGCGUGGUUAUGAGGAAGCUGAACUUGUCUGAGAGACGAGAUUCGUUUAAGAAGCAGGAAGCUGUUCAGGAGGUCAGCUUUGAUGACUCUGAUGACAAAGAGGUCACAACAUCUACACCAGUGCCAUCUCAUCCACGUUUCAAAGUAGCAUGGAUCGGCGCAACGCAAGCGGAGGGAAGCUCCGAGGCUUCAGCGAGGAAAACUGAUGAGCUUGGAUUCAAGCUAAAAGAACAGAAGAAACCAGAGGAUGGCUGUUAGCCUUAGAUAAGUCCAGAAAACUGUGAGACUCAGAAGUACGGGUGCUUCCAUUGUCAUUAAAAUCAUAAUUAGAGAAAACACAGGGGUAGGAAGUCUUUAGUGUCAUUUAUUCGUAAGUUAGAAGUCAUUCACAUGCCAAACUGUCUUUUAAAGGGAUAGUUUUCCAGAAAUUAAAAUUCUGUCAUGUUGUAAACCUGAAUAACUUUCUUUUGACCGUGGAACAUAAAAGAUGAUGUUUAGUAAAAAAAAAAAAAAAAAAAAGUAUGCACAAAAGCAGUCUUAAAGGGACAGUUCACCCAAAAAUGAAAACUCCCUCAUGUCAUUUCAAACCUGUGAGUUUCUUUCAUAUGUUGAACAUAAAAGAAGAUAUCUUGAUCAAUGCUGGUAAUCAAAACUUUUGAUGGUCCCUGUUGUCUUUCAUAUUAUUUCUGUCCCUACUAUGGAAGUCAAUGGAGACCAACAACCUUUUGGUCAAAGUUCUUCAAAAUAUCUUCUUUUGUGUUCAACAUGAGAAAAAAAAACAAUUUGUUGAGUCAACUUAAAAUAAUUUGUUACUAAACUUAUUCAGUAACUUAUUUAGGCAGCAGCCUUAAAAUUUGAAGUUUAGUCAAGUUCAGUUGACUGAACUUAAAAUUUUAUGGCAGCGGGGUAACAAACUAUUUUAAGUUGACUCAAAUUGUAUUUUACAGUGUUGGAACUACAUGGGUGUGAAUAAAUAAUGACAGUUUUAAUUUUUGGGUGAACUGUUCCUUUAAAAUAUUGUUGGCAUUUGCGUUCCACCAAGAAAAUCAUACAGGUUAGGAACUACGUGAGUAAAUUGACAAUUUUCAUUUUUGAGUAGACUGUCCCUUUAAGAAUUAGUUUUACCAGUUAGCACAAUGAGCUUUUGUAGAUUUUGAAAGAUUUUAUUUAUUUCAUUUGUUUUAUACGAGACGGGAAUAUAAAGGUCAUACAGUAGGAUCGCUUUUUGAGAAUUUGCACAUAUGUGGUCCUGCUGAGGUUUAAUUACUGUUGUUUUUUUUCAUUCUUAUAUGUCAUAUAAAUCAGUAAUAUUGUCAUAUAAUGUCACAUAAUAUCAGAGUGGUCAACUAAAUGUCGUUAUUUUAUGUCGACUUUUAUUCUUUUUGCAAAUUUGGACGCACAAGAAAUGAAUCUUGUGUUCAGUCAGUCAGUCAUACCCAAAAAUAUUCCAGCACCUAAAUAAAGACUUGUAAGAAGCCAUUUGGCCAAUGUUGGCAUUGUAGUGUACCUUGUUUACCUGAGCAUACUUGUUCUUGUUACUUAGAACAAAAUGGAUUAUGAAUACUAAACUUUUUAUUUAUAAUGUUUUGGAUUCGGUAUAUGUUCUAGCAGUGUUGUACAACUGAAAUCAUUUGACAUAUGUAAUCUUUAACAAAUGGUGGUUCGCUGUCUUUCAGUGUUUUGUAGUCUGACUCGUAAAAAUGUCUGUUCUCUUCACUUCACAGAGCAGCCAAAUGGCAUGUUUUUGUGAGUGCCCUAUAUAAAUGCCAUAGAUUUGAUCUGCAGUGUUGACAUCUGCUUGUUUGGUUACGCAGAAAUGACAGAACUGAUUCAGUUAUGAGUAACAUGAGCUUGCUUUGUAAUGGUUUGCUUCCAAACUGGAUUGCUUCUUCAUUCAUUAAUCAAAACUAAAGAGACAGAAGACGAAGUUUAGAUACUUGCACUCCCAGUCUGACUAGUCUUUUUCUUCUUCUGUACUUCAGAUUACUGUGAGAUCCCGUACUACCUUUGUUUACUUUAGUAUGGUACUGUGUUUUUUUUGUUUGUUUUUUUUUUUAAGUUGAAUUUCUAUGUAGCCGAUCCAGUUCUUUACACAGCCAGAUUUAAGGGACUCAAAAAGAUCAUAGACUCUCCACUAAAUCCACUGAUGCUCAACUGUAUUUGUAAAGUUUGGAUUUAACCAUGAAUAAAUGUGUACAUAAUUGCUGAUAAUCAUA